GCUUUCGUUCGCGGUGCGUUUGCAAAUCGGUCGUUGCCGUCGCGUUGCUAUAGGCGCUAUAGGUUGCCAUGGUCGUUGCUUACAUGAAGCGUGUGUGGCGUUAUUUGAAUAUUUUUUGUUUCAUAUAUAGGCCAUAGUGCGAAACAUAUAUAAGCCGAAAAUUCAAAACUGCCUUUGAUUAGUGACGUGGCCUUGGCUUAUAGGAAGCACUUACUUACUUACUAGGAAGGUUAGACUGGAAGCCGCCGCUCCACUCGGAGACAUGCACGCCUCUCGGCGGCUGCAGACGGGGGUGCGCGGUCGGCUGGGCGGCGCGCGCCGGAUCGGCGUCUCGCCACUGCUGCGCCACUCGCCGGUGCGCGCCCCGCCGCCGGGAGAGGACGGCGCCGGCGCCGGCGCGCUGGAGCUGUCGCUGGCCGGCGGCGGACCGCACGAGGUCUACCUGGGCAACUGGCCCGAGCAGCUGCACGAGCUGGAGAUCGCCGCGCUCUUCCACAAGUACAGCAUCUACCCGAAACACAUCCACCUGCACCGCAAACACAUGUUCGAAAGUUACGCGUUCGUGGAGCUGGCGUGCGCCGAGGACGUGGCGCGUGCCAUCGACCAGCUGCACGGCGGCAAGGUGCUGGGUCACCAGAUCGUGGUGUGUCGCAGCCGGGGCAGCCGCCGGCCGCGGCCCGAGCUCGACGGCGGGGAGGGGGACCAGUACGAGUGCGAGUCGACAGAGUUCAAGUCGCCGCCGAGCUCGCCGCGGCCCAGGAAGCGGUGCUUGAGUAUCCCUCCGCUGGUGCUGCCGCUUCCGGAACAGGAGGUGCGCCGGCAGUUCAGCGACAGGGACGAGGACCUGUACGGGGCGCCGCUGCGUCCGAAGCGCGCGUGCACCAGGGAGGGCGGCUGGCGGGCGGACCGGCCCGACGGCAGCGUCGACUCCGCGCCGCACGACCAGACGCCCGACAGCAGCAGCGGCGGCCCGCAGUCGGCGCGCAGCUCGGCCACUAAUACCUCCGCGUCGGCGGCCGACUCGGACAUGAUCCGCCACCGUCUGCACCAGCCGGUCGACGUGCUGGUGGCCAACUUCCCGGCCAACUCGGCGGACCUCGAGCUGAUGGACCUCUUCGGCCGCUACAAGCCGCUCCGCGUGCGCAUCAUGGUCAACGAUCCCGGCCUGGAGCCGGGCGCAUUCACGUACGCGUACGUGACGGUGUGGAACACGAUGGUGGCAGACUCGGCGGUGCUGGAGCUGGACGGCCGGCUGUACCGCGGCCGGCACCUGGUGGUCGAGGUUAGGCGCAGCUAGCCGCCGCCGCGCCGGGUCGAGGUCAGGCGCAGCUAGCCGCCGCCGCGCCGGGUCGAGGUCAGGCGCAGCUAGCUGCCGCCGCUCGAAAUGGCGGCUCCGUCCGUAGGUAGGCCGGGGCCGACCGGGUCGGGUCAAAGUCAACCGGGUCAUCUAACAGGUCAGGGGAGCCGGCGCGGACAGGGUGACCGUGUCCGGCCCUCCACCCGCGGACACAGCGGACACAGCGGACAGGGGCGGCCGAUCCGGCCCCGCUCCCGGCUCGGCCCGAAAUCCAGAAUCAGGUUUUAGUUUUGUUAUCGGUAGACAUUUUGCUCGGAGAGGUGUUAGUGAAAAGAUCUGAGUGAUUAUUUGACUAGUCCGGAGGCCUGCAACUUGUGCUUGCAGUCUGAUCGUCGUUCGUAGGUGUAAGGCCCGGGUCGGGCCACUGUGACGUCACGAUCAGAGCGCGGUGGGUCUCGGCCGUCGGCGCCGAUGCGAGCUCAACAUCCUAUUGUGCUGACGUUGCCGGAUGGAGACGUGUCACUGCCACGGUGCUCAGUGCGGUGCGGCUGCUGGGGGACACUCCGCCUGGCGCCUCAUCGAUGACCACGGCAGUCGGGGCGCCCUAACCCCCCCCCCUACCCCUCCCCCGCGCCUCGCCCCGUCGUUUCACUGCCAACUACGGCGGCGCAGGGUCCACUGGCAGCCCACGUUCCACCUCAGUGACACGCGAUGGAGCUCUAGAACGCCAAAAUGUGCGGUAAAUUGAUAUCGAUUUCGGUGUGUCCGUCACCGAAUUAAGCAAAUUAACAAACCAAUUGAAACACUGAUUAACUCUCAAGGAAGGUAAGUUGUUUGAUGCCCAAUGAUAAUGUGCACCCAUUUAACAUCUUAACCAUUCAUAUAAGUGAAUAGGAACACUCCUCCCUAGAAUUGGUUGUUAACGAGCAGGCUAAGUUUAGCCUACAGCUUGUUGAGCUGGGCAGUGUUUAAGCAAAUCCGAGAGAUAUGCACCAGGCGGCCUGCCGAGCUGUAUCGACGCGCGCUGUGCGUUGGCUAUACCUCCGAUCUGUGACGUCACAGUGGUGAGGGACCCAAUGUCAGGGUAAACAUGUAAAGUGAUUUCGUGCUGUGACUCAAGAAGUUCGUUUUUGUUUUAUGUUCAGUUAAGAGUUGUCAUUCGUUUGUUGUGGAUAGUGUCCCAAGCGACAGAUAAUCGUCUUUCAAUACAAUUGUGAUUCAACUAA